CUGCUGCGGCCCGUCGUCAGGAGGAUGCUGUGCGUCACAAGCAAAGUCGUACCGAUGACGAUAAGGACAUAAGCGAUGCACGACGCAGAUCCGACCGCCUUCGUCAUACUAGUGCACGUGCCGCUGAAGAGGCCGUGGCCGCUGAAGCAAGGCGGCGCGAGGAUGCUGCAAGGCACGCUUCUCAACGGCUUCUUGAGUCUCUUAGUGACCGUGCCACACGUCUUCAUGCAGACAAUACCCGCCAUCUGCGGUCCCGCCUCGUUGCUCCCCUUACUGCCCCUCCGGCAGCGCGAGUUCGGGGUCAUGACCAGCGCCCUGCGCCCACUGAUCUCAUUCAGAUUUUCGAGGAAACCAUGGAAAGCAUGUACUGGUUUACUUGUCGCGACUGCAACAGGCGGUCACUGCAGACUGAUCCCAAUCACAAGUGUGGCAGGACAUGUCACAAGUACACCGCAAACAACCUAAUGGACCCCGGUAACGUGCCAGCAGUACUCCGAGGAUUGACUUUUGUGGAGCAGCAGCUAAUAGCCCGGAUCCAUCCAGUGGUCUGCGUCUACAGGAUUCGUGGCCACCAAAUGGGAUACCGUGGGAAUGUGAUAUCGUUUCCUCAAAAUGUGAAUGAAUUGGCUCUCUCUCUGCCUCACCGCAUACAGGACCUAACUUCCAUUGUGGCGGUACGACUGCGGGAUUCCGAUGGAUAUGUCGAUUUCCGGGUCCGUUGUGGUGCUGUACGUGCAGCGCUUCUAUGGCUGCGUGACAACAACCCGUAUUAUGCCAACAUUGAAAUCAGUGAGGCAAACCUUGCUCUGCUUCCUGAGAAUGGUGACGUCUUCUCGCAAGUGAAUGGUUAUGACGAUGCUGAUGAUCCACCUCCUCCAACUGGGAGUGGGGGCAAUGAUGAGGACACUGACGAAAGCACUGAAGAGGAGGAAGGUGGCCUCUCGGGUGACGUCGAAGGAAGUGGUACUAACGUUACAAUGUCAGGUGUUCCUCUUCUUCAAAACCACCAUCAGGAAGAGCAAGUCAACGCUGUCCUUAACUGGCCGUCGACUGAUAAUCUCCCAGUGGACGAAUUUAAUACUCCAGG